AUGGCACCUACACCAAUCUCCAUCUCCAGACCCACGAGCGUGGGCUACAUGCCACUAUCGCCCUACAUCGACGAUGAGACUACAUUCGCCAACAAUGUCCUGUGUCCACGGUAUGCCGACCAGGACCCAACCUCGGCACUACCGUCACCAGCAUCCAUCCAGUCGUUCGACAUACUCGAAUCCAUACCAUGGCGGCGAAGCUACAUAUCCCUAGACUCUGGUACAGAGAUGCAAUACCGGAAACGAUGGCGAGAGUACAGAGCACAGAUCGUUGUGGUCGCACUCCUACUCAUCCUCUCCACAACCGCACUCACCCUAGGCAUCUCCCUAGCAAUCCAACACUCAAACAAGCAACUCCAAUCCACAUGCCUAUCACACCACGGCGGAGACCGCUGCGCAGACCCCACAUGGGCGCGCUGCGUCGUCCGCGACGGUCCAGGAUAUUGCCAGGGCGUGAUGUGA